CGGCGGCCGCCAUUUUGCGCUGGCGGGGUCCGGCUGGCGGGAGGAGGAUGUUGCGGCUGCGCUGCAAGGCCCGGAGCGGUACCCACCCGCUGCCCGGCCUCACGGUGCACUCCCGCCUGCGGGAGCUGCAGGCUGCGCUGGCCAACCUCACCGGCGUGCCCGCCGUGGCGCAGCGCCUGCUGCUCGGCUUCCCCCCGCGCGGCCUGGACCUCAGCGACGGCGAGCGGCGGCUGGGCGAGCUCGGCAUCCACUCGGGUGACACUCUAAUAGUUGAAGAGGACACCACAAAACCCACGACUGAGUCGCCCAUAAUUGCGAAAAGGAGCGUGCCUAAUUCCGUCAGGGAAACACUGCCUGUGCUUGCAAGGAGGGUCGUUCCAGCAGAUAACUCCUGUCUCUUUACAAGUGUAUACUAUGUGGUAGAGGGAGGUAUUUAUGAUCCAGCUUGUGCCCCAGAGAUGCGCAGUCUUAUAGCCCAGAUAGUAGCAAGUGAUCCAGAGUCCUAUUGUGAGGCAGUACUAGGGAAAACCAACCAUGAGUAUUGCGAGUGGAUCAAAAGAGAAGACACGUGGGGGGGAGCCAUUGAAAUAUCCAUUUUGUCUAAGUUUUAUCAAUGUGAAAUCUGCGUAGUGGACACGCAGACAGUCCGGAUUGACCGCUUUGGGGAAGACGCAGGGUACCCAAAGCGGGUCCUUCUCAUUUACGAUGGCAUUCACUAUGACCCGCUUGAGCGCAAGUUGCCCAACUCAGACGUGCCUCCCCUGACCAUUUUCUCAACAACUGAUGACGUUGUUCUUGCACAAGCAUUGGAGCUAGCAGAUGAAGCAAGGCGAAAGAGGCAGUUUACUGAUGUGAAUCGCUUUACCCUGAGGUGUAUGGUGUGCCAGAAGGGGUUAACUGGACAAGCAGAAGCCAGAGACCACGCCAAGGAGACUGGGCACACCAAUUUUGGAGAAGUGUGAUAUCUUCAUGAGGACAGUUGUGUCUACUACCUCACCAACCCGGAAUAAGAUUCUGGGUUUUCAGAUAAAGCUGUAUGUAAGCAUAAAAAUUCCGUUCGCAAAGCUUGAAAAGCCUAGUUAACUUUAUGGUGGCCAAGGCGCACAGGUCCAUUCUGGUUGGCGUGCAAGUUUACAGAUAUGUGUGUGGUAGUGACUUCUCCCAGCUGGUUUGAAGUAGAUAAUUUCUUGCAUGCUGAUUUGAAGUAACCUGGCAGGCGUGUGGUGUAUGCUGGUGGCUAGAAUCCCUGACUUCUGAAAGAGCCUUAUUCCUAAAUCUUCCAUGCAACAUGACCGGAUUUACACCCGGAACAAUAGUUGCCCGUAGAAUUAGUAACACUGGACUAAAAUCUCUCAAAUCCCAUUUUCAAGAUAGUUAAACUGGUUUUAAAAUUUGGCAACUUCAUGUGCAUGUAUAUCUGUGCUACUUUCCAAGAGUUUUAUAUAAUAGCUCGUACGCACGUAGGCAGCUCUUGCAGAAAGAGAUGCCUGUUGGAUGAGUAACUCCAAAGCUGCCCUUUCUUAGGAUAUUAAUGACAGAAGUAGAAUGUAUAGUUUGAAGUCAUGGUGGUAGUGAGAGGAGUGGCCUCUGAGCUUUAAGAUAGACUUCUUAAAAUUAAUGAAUAGACAGUUAAAUACCCACAAACUUAAUCCUUCAUAAGUACCACUUGAAGUGUAGCUUCUAGUUGCUUGAAAAUUAACUAUCCCUCCCUUUGUGUUUACACUGCAUCAGGAUGUUGGCAUGUUUUCUGAACUACAUGGAUCCUUGUUAACAACAUGAUCUUAAUUCCAACAAGGAGUGACACUAGCUAAAAUCUAGUUUUAAUGCAUUUAAUAGAUUUGAGUCUGGUAUUCCUCAGAUGUGUCCACUUUUGUGGCCAAAGAAUAAUUAUAAACUAUACCAGGCUCUAAAUACUCGUAAGUUAGCACUUUUUAAUCUUUGGUUCUCGUUCUUUUACAGAUCAGCUAUCUAGUUUGAGAAGGACUGAGCAUUUACCCAAAAGGGAAAUAACUUGAAGUGUCUUUGGUGUCUGUAUUCUACCAGAUACCUCUUAACUUGCUUGAAUUCCCACCAAUGACUCUCUUCAGUAGCAAGACCUCAAUUUAAAUAAGGAAUGGAGCCUUUUUAAUUUUUAACAGUAAAAUAAGCUAGGUAGAAUGCUCAACUUCUGACCCUAUUUAAAAAAAAAAAAGUCAGGGAUGUUUGAAAUCACUAUAACAAAGAAAUUUUACCUCAUACAUGGAGUGUGAGGCUUGAAGUGCAUUGAGAUUUUUCUAAAUGGUGCUGUAGAGGUGCGUAUUACUGAAAGUCAUCUUUUGUUAAAAGAAUGCCUGUAACACACUUGUGUUAGAGAAAUUAACAAUAUUCUGACCCCUGCUGGUUUUCUGUUACUGUGUUGUAGGAUACCUUCUGUGCAGUUUUAUAUAUGGGAGGCAAGGAGGUCCAUCUUGAAAAUGAAGUAGAAAUAAGUCUACUGUAGGGAAUGGAAGUUUAAUUUACCUUCUGUAAAGAACCUUCCAGGUUCCUAAGAGAGGUCAUAUACAAAGCCCUGAUGCAGCGAAGACUCCUUAUUUCAUAAAGCAUGUGCUAAAAUGAUUCCCUGGUUUGAGACCUACUUGCAGAAGUUUGAACAGAAGGGUAAUCCUGUUGACACUAGUGGAACUAAUAAAACACAUUUAAGCAUGUGCUUAAGUGCUUCAUUGGAUUGAGGCCUGAAUAAUUAAAUCACUUAAGAGUAUUAUGGACCAGGAUUCCUUUAACUCAGUAUUAAAAUAAAGUAAUUAUGGCACUGGCAUGAGUUGGCUAUAGAUAUUAAGUUAAUGUCUGUUAAGGCCCAAAUUGCUUUUAGAAACUUUUUAAAACCUUUUUAAAUGCUUGACUGAAAGCAAAUAAUUAUGUAUAGAAGCAUAAAUGACUGGGUCAAAGAAAUGAAGGAUAUGGUGUGUACAUCCUGGGAGAUGAAAUGUGGACUAGCAGUUGGACCAAGAGACAGUCAGUCUAACUCACAUGAUGCUAACUCUCACCUGAAUGGGUGAGAGAGACCUUGGACAAAAUCACUACACCUCAGCCUCUCUUUACCCAUCUGUAAAGUGGGUAUGAUGUCUACCUCACAGAGGUGUUUUGAGGCUAACUGGUGUUUGUAAAGUCCUUGGAUGAAAGGUGCUAGAGAAGUGUAGAGUAGUUAUUUCUGAUGUGCCAUGUUUGCAAACCUGCUGUAGGCUUUUCGGAACAUGACUCUUAUCCUGAAAAAUCAGUUAACUUUCUGGUAUAGAAUUUGCAAAACACAAGACUUAAUGUAUCUGCAUACGUUUGCUGGGCGAAUUGGAUUUCAAAGCCUAUGUGUGGAUUUCUAAAAGUGGAUAGCAAGGCUAAGUGUGUUUAUUUGCCCUGUUACAAUUUUAAAAGCCUGUUUCACAUAUUUAUUUUGGUACAUCAUGUUUGCAUUAAGGUUCUACUACACUUUUAAUGCCAAGUAUCAGAUUAAUUGAGGGAGAGUAGUUGCACAUUGAAGAAACUAUAUUUAUUUGCCUAGAAAAUUGCAUUGUUUUGGAUCUGAGAUCCCAAAUAAACUGCUGUAGUCAUU